UCUUCGAGCUUGAACAAAAUCAAGAAUCAUCCCAUUCCUCAACUCUUCUUUAAAUUCUAAUCCCGUUCGGAAAUUUACAGGUCUUACGAAUGGGAAAUAAACCCGCGAAGCAAGAGAAGAAGGAAGAGCUGAUGCUGAAGAUUGUGCCUCCUUUGGACCGUGCAUACACUCGUUGGCUUGCUCGAGAUUUAGAGAGAAUUUACGGUUUUACCCCACGUAAUCCACGUGCUAUAAAACCCCCAGACCACUAUAUCGAAUACAUGCGUAUGAACGGGUUGUUGGAUUUGGACCUUAAUGAUCCAGACCUCGCACAUUUGUUCAAGUAAAAAAACUUAUCGUUUAUCCGUAUAGUUUUGAUUGUAUUAAGGUUGCUAGAGAUUCAGUACAAUAGUACUUGGUGAAAUACAUUUGUUAAAGUUUUAUUCAAUAAUCUCUAUUUAAAGUAUUCGACAG